AUGAGCGCAAGGGCCCUGCCCGCUGCAGUGCUCGCGCUCCUGCUGCGGGCGGCGCCCGCCGCCCUGGGCGAGGCCGCGUCCUGCGACAGCCGGGGCCCUGCGCUGCCCGAGGGGCCCUGCCCCAGCUCGGCGGAGUGCUCGCCGCAGCCGCAGGAGGAGCACUCCCUGCUGCAGAGGGCGCCCGACCGCCGCGGCCUGCUGCAGCAGGCGAGAUCGCACGUCGUGAGCAGCGUUUCGAGCCGCUGGGCUGGCAGGAUCGUCUACGGGGUGCUCACCAGCAGCCUCGCGAAGUACCACGAGAAGCUCGAGGCGCAGCUGGCGACGUGGGCGGCGCGCCCCGCUGGCGAGGGCAGGUUUGCCGCCGUCGGGAGCAACGACCUCCCCGAGGAGUGGCAGGUCGAUGGCGUCGUCCUCAAGUCGAACUGCGGCGACGGGAUGGAUCAGAUAUCGUGCAAGGAGGGGGCCGUGGUGAAGGAGACUGCCGCGCGCGGCGCCGCUUGGGCGGUGAUCCUCGGCGACGACAACUACGUGGACACCGGGAAGGUCGAGGCGUUCCUCGGCUCGAAGGAUCCCGAGGAGCUGGUCGCGUACGGCGUUGUCGGCUGUGGCAAGGGGACGCCGUAUUGCCAGGACGUCCCCGAUUUCCAAGCGCGCGGUGGAUUUUGCGGGGGUGGCGGGUAUUUCCUGAGCAAGGCGGCGCUUCAAGCACUGGCUGGUGAGCGCUCGUUUUAUCAUGACAGAAUGUCGUGGCCGGGCGACAUGACCACAAGUUGCCUGCUCUACAAGCACGGCGUUCGCAUAGAGAACGUCCAGCAUGGCAUGUAUGCAAACCCUUUCGAUUCGGAAGCGAAGCUGGAUGACACCGUGCGGUCAGGGUUCUGGACGUUGCAUUAUUUGCAACCCUCACAGAUGCGAUGGGUGCACGGCAUCGCAUCGAAUGCCUCUGAGGCUGAAACCGCAGAAUUGGAGUCACGUGCGUUUCCCUCGAGUGGGUGA